CCGGGGGCCGCCCGGGAGCGGGAGCGGGAGCGGGAGCCGGAUCCGCGGCGUGGGCUUGCGGGAGUCAGAGUUUGGCAACAGCAUUUAGCUGCAGAAGAGCCGUUUCUGAGCCUUUUUUCCUUGCCGUUUUCCCCGAACCUGGAGUGCGAAGAUGAAGACCGUGCUCAUGGUUGCCGAGAAACCAUCGCUGGCACAGUCCAUCGCCAAAAUCCUCUCUCGAGGGAACAUGUCUUCGCACAAAGGGCUGAACGGAGUGUGCUCGGUGCACAAGUAUCCGGGGACCUUCGCCGGCCAGUCGGUCCACUUCAAGAUGACCUCCGUCUGUGGCCACGUGAUGACCCUGGAUUUCCUGGGGAAGUAUAACAAGUGGGACAAAGUGGACCCCGCGGAGCUGUUCAGCCAGGCCCCGACGGAGAAGAAGGAGGCCAACCCCAAGCUGAACAUGGUGAAGUUCCUGCAGGUGGAGGGCCGGGGUUGCGACUACAUCGUGCUGUGGCUGGACUGCGACAAAGAGGGGGAGAACAUCUGCUUCGAGGUCCUCGACGCCGUCCUGCCCAUCAUGAACAAGGCCUCCAGUGGCGAGAAGACCGUGUUCCGGGCCAAGUUCAGCUCCAUCACAGACACCGACAUCUGCAGCGCCAUGGCCCGCCUGGGCGAGCCCGACCACAACGAGGCGCUCUCGGUGGAUGCCCGCCAGGAGCUGGACCUGCGCAUCGGCUGUGCCUUCACCAGGUUCCAGACGAAAUAUUUCCAGGGGAAAUACGGCGAUUUAGACAGCUCUCUCAUCUCCUUCGGGCCCUGCCAGACCCCUACGCUGGGCUUCUGCGUGGAGCGACACGACAAAAUCCAGUCCUUCCGUCCGGAGACCUACUGGGUGCUACAGGCCAAGGUGACCGCCGACAAAGACCGAGUUCUCCUGUUGGACUGGGACCGAGUGAGGGUGUUCGACCGGGAGAUCGCACAGAUGUUCCUAAACAUAACGAAGCUGGAGAAGGAAGCCCAGGUGGAGGCCACCAGCAGGAAGGAAAAGGCCAAGCAGAGGCCGCUGGCCCUGAACACCGUGGAGAUGCUGCGUGUGGCCAGCUCCUCCCUGGGCCUGGGGCCGCAGCACGCCAUGCAGACGGCGGAGCGGCUCUACACACAGGGCUACAUCAGCUACCCGCGGACCGAGACCACUCACUACCCGGAGAACUUCGACCUGAAGGGCCCACUGCGGCAGCAAGCCAACCACCCCUACUGGGCCGACACGGUGAAGCAGUUGUUGGCGGACGGCAUCAACCGCCCCCGGAAAGGGCACGAUGCUGGGGACCACCCCCCAAUCACACCCAUGCGGGCAGCCACGGAGGCUGAACUAGGGGGCGACGCCUGGCGGCUGUACGAGUACAUCACCCGCCACUUCAUCGCCACGGUCAGCGCCGACUGCAAGUACCUGCAGAGCUCCAUCUCCUUCAGGAUCGGGCCCGAGCACUUCUCCUGCUCGGGGAGGACCGUCCUCUCGCCAGGCUUCACGGAGAUCAUGCCCUGGCACAGCGUGCCCCUGGAGGAGAGCCUGCCCGCCUGCCAGAGGGGCGACGCCUUCCCGGUCAGCGAGGUGAAGCUGCUGGAGAAGCAGACCAACCCCCCUGAUUACCUGACGGAAGCUGAGCUCAUCACGCUCAUGGAGAAGCACGGCAUCGGGACGGAUGCCAGCAUCCCCGUGCACAUCAACAACAUCUGCCAGCGGAACUACGUCACCGUGGAGACCGGGCGCCGGCUCCGGCCCACCAACCUCGGCAUCGUCCUGGUGCACGGCUACUACAAGAUUGACGCGGAGCUGGUGCUGCCCACCAUCCGCAGCGCAGUCGAGAAGCAGCUGAACCUGAUCGCCCAGGGCAAGGCCGACUACCAGCAGGUCCUGGAGCACACCCUGGACAUCUUCAAGAGGAAGUUCCACUACUUCGUCGACUCCAUCGCCGGCAUGGACGAGCUGAUGGAGGUGUCCUUCUCACCCCUGGCAGCCACGGGCAAGCCCCUGUCCCGGUGUGGGAAGUGCCACCGGUUCAUGAAGUACAUCCAGGCCAAGCCGAGCCGCCUGCACUGCUCCCACUGCGACGAGACCUACACGCUCCCCCAGAACGGCACCAUCAAGCUCUACAAGGAGCUGCGGUGCCCGCUGGACGAUUUCGAGCUGGUGCUGUGGUCCUCUGGCUCGCGGGGCAAGAGCUACCCUCUGUGCCCCUACUGCUACAACCACCCACCUUUCCGGGACAUGAAGAAAAGCAUGGGCUGCAACGAGUGCACGCACCCCAGCUGCGCGCACUCGCUGAGCAUGCUGGGCAUCGGGCAGUGCGUGGAGUGCGAGAGCGGCGUGCUGGUGCUGGACCCCACGUCGGGCCCCAAGUGGAAGGUGGCCUGCAACCGCUGCAGCGUGGUGGCGCACUGCUUCGAGAACGCCCACCGCGUGCGCGUGGCCCCCGACACCUGCGCCGCCUGCGAGGCCGCCCUGCUCGACGUGGACUUCAACAAGGCCAAGUCCCCGCUGCCCGGCGACGACACGCAGCACACGGGCUGCGUCUUCUGCGACCCGGUCUUCCAGGAGCUGGUGGAGCUGAAGCACGCGGCCGCCUGCCACCCCAUGCACCGCGGCGGCCCGGGGCGCAGGCAGGGCCGGGGCCGGGGCCGGGGGCGGCGGCCGGUGGGCAAGCCCACCCCGCGGCGGCCCAAGGACAAGAUGUCAGCCCUGGCCGCCUACUUCGUGUGAGGGCGGCAGACCCCCGCGCGGUCCUCAUUUGGGACGUCCCCAUCCCCGCUCCCACCCACCCGACUCCAUUAAAACGCAUUUUGCAUUUCGCUUCAGA